CAACUGGACUGCACCAUCGAAAUACACAUUUCUCUGGGAAAGACAGUUGGUUCUGCUUGCCUUCUAUCGCUCAACCUUUCAAUACUUACUUACCUUUCCAGUAAUGUCCCUUUGGGAGGUUCACACUGUACACCCGAGCAAACAGCGUGCUGGUGGCUAGAGCUUGUGAACCAAUCCACGUCACCACCACUUCUUCUCUUUCUAACUAACAGACUCUGUCAACCGCACAAUCACUUCAAUACUAGCCUCACAACAGCCAUGGCGGACACUAACAUGGAGACUCCAGAUCUGCAACAGAUUCUAGCUACACUUGCUAGUUUUGCUGAAGCAGAAAACGCCACCCCCCAACCCACUCAGCUUGUCGAUCCUUCACAAUUGCAAAGCUUGCAUCAAGAACCCCUCAAGCACAAUCCCACCGAUUCUAGUCAACAAUACAAAAAACAAAAACGCGAGCAGUCACGGGAUCCAAGGCUUGGAGGCCGAUCAACGCUUCCUACCCAUCCAUCAUCUAACGCACAACAUCGCCCGUCGUCUGUAUCAAUUGACCCAGCUACGAUCACCGAAUGGAAACAUGGCCUUCGCUAUGUCACCAAGCUCGCGAUGCAAAAGCCGGACCUCGGGGAUCUAGUGCGCAAGUUGAUCAGGGACGAACAGCGAAAUUUCAAAGAUUGGGCGAACGGCCGGCAGCGGUUCAUUCAAGAGCAGGAGCUCAAACGGGAAAACGAAAAAACUCAACUAGCGGCCCUGUCCUUAACCAACAUCUUGGGCGAUAUGGAACCUCACCGUACGCCAGAGCGCGAACAAGAAGAGUUGUCACAAUAUGAUCUCAAGAUAUAUCGAGCCUGCGGCGCUAUGGUAGAUUCACAGUCGAAGACACUUGCACAACAUGGAGUUCCUUUUUUUGGCGUGCGACCAGUUCUGAUUUCAGACAAUGAUGUGCAAUUGCUCGACGAGGAUUCCAACGCUGGCCAGGAACCGACGAAAACAAUUACGAAUCAUCAGGUGCUUCAGCUACAACGCAAAAUGCUGGGACAUUUGUUAGAAAUAAGGCUAAACCAUCGAAACAUUCGAUAUUGCGGCACUCCAUACGAAACAUUGAGGGUACAGACAAAUGGAUAUAUUGUGGGGAGUACUACACCGGGGCGCUCGACCGAUUCUUUUAACUCUCCAGUUUCAGUGCCACCUUUCCAAAAUAGGACUAGCGCCGACAGCUACCACUACCCAUAUAGACACACAGGACCGUCCACGCUCUCCCUCGCUCCCUCUCGCUGCCCUACGCCAAUCGAUCAAAGAGAUCUCUGCAAACCUGCGAAGCCUCCAGAGACAACUCUUCUAAAAGGAUACUUUCUCAAUCAAACCGUCAAGAUGUUCAUCGUCAAGACCGUCAUGUGGAUGCUUGCUGCUGCCGUUGUUGCUGUGGAGCCACCUCAUGACAAUACAGGUGCUUCCAUCUCGCAGCAGACUCAGUCGACAUGUCCUACACUUCCUCAGCUGUGCACUGGAGACGCUACCAUGGGAGGAAAGUCAACUCAGGUCACCUACCUGUGCCCUUCCGAGAAGUGUCCAACCACGGUCAAGACGGUCACCGCGUAUACUACAGUGUGUGCCGGCCCUAGCAUCGAGCCUACGACAACUACCACAAUGCUUCUGAACUCCACAAUUUUCUUGACCAAGACCCUCAGUGUCCAGCAUCCCUCUUCACUGUCUUCGCUCUUGCCUUGGUCCUCGUAUCCGCCCCAUACCACCGGUGUAUCUACGCCAUCCGAGGAUUCCACGGUCAAUGACCCUCCCGUGUUUGUCUUCUCAACCUACCAUAACAACAACACCGCCGACCCCAUCCGGCCUCUCACAUCCUUUCACUGGAGCGUGUCAUCUUGGACUAACAAGGUAGCGGCCUCAAACUUCGCAUCCAUGACUUCCACAAAAGUGCUGCCAGGCCCUCUGGAUACGUACACUUCAUCUCCCUCCUCCAUCAAUUGGACUGCCAAAGCCACGGCUCCAGCUUUCCACACCCAUCCCCGCCGUGCCAUCAGCACCGUGAUGGUGGUAUCCACGACCACAAUUACCUAUGAGCUCACGAGCCCGUCUUCGUCCGCGAGUGCGGGCCCAACGCCUGAGCCCGAGCCCGAGGAACCCGACACCACCGUCACUAUCACCAUCUCCUCGGAGACGGACCCGUUGUACCCCGGUGCAACCACCGAUGGUCUUGGGGGCAAACACCCGAAUGGAGCUGGCGGUAACAAGUUGAGACCCGCCUCGCUGGGUAUUGCGUUGACCGCAGCUCUGUUUUCCCUGUUCUGA